AUGGCGUCCGAGAAAGUUUAUACAGUCGGGGACCUGUUUCAGUCUGCUACAUUCGGGGAUUUGUCCUCCCUGACAGAUGUGGUGAAACAUGGUGUCCCUAUCACAUCCGUGUCCUUGGGAGGGUCAUCUGUCCUACAUUAUGCAGCGUAUGGAGGUCACACUAAAAUGGUCUCUCAUCUGCUAACUAACUACCCAGAAUGCAUCCCUAAAGGCCAUGACCUUGACAUGCAAGGCUACAAUGCGUUACACAACUGUUGUGUAUUUUCAGGAACUAUUGGUGUAUUUGUGGAGCUAGUGCGAGCAGGUUUCGAUACAACCGCGAAAACGUCGAAGGGAUUGACUGCCCUUGAGCUAGCAGAAACGUUUAAGAAAACCGAUUUACUUCAGCAUAUCCGUGAUUUAGAGAGUGAUGAUUCUAUUGGAGAGAGAUAUCUACUCAAAGAUGAAACUAAGCAUGUACCAGUAUAUUCCAGUUUAUCUGACGCGGAACAAAGAUACGAUUCCGAGUUGACAGUCAUCAACGAAGAUGAGGAGGGGAGAGAUAUGAAUCGGAGGAAAUAUACCUUGGCGGAUUUAUUCGCGAGUGCUGAGGACGGUGACGUAGAGAGAUUGGACAACAUAGUCAGCAGUGGUAUUGCUGUAGAUUUUACAACCAAAGGUGGAUCAUCUGUACUUCAUUUCGCAGCAAGUAAGGGUCAAACAACUAUGAUUCAUCACCUGAUUGAGAAAUACACAUUUUGUAUUGAAAAGGGUAAAUAUCUAGACUCCAUGGGAUUCAAUGCUCUACACUAUGCUGCACGUGCAGGUAACGUGGACAUUGUUAGGGAUUUGAUUUAUGCUGGAUUCGACCUUGUGACAAGAACGAAUGACAGAAGGAGUGUUAUGGACUUGGCAAGGGAAGCCAAUCAGACAGAAUUGAUCAGAUUUCUCAAGAAAAGUGAAGGACCAGAUGCUUCCUUUACUCUGGGUAGGUUGAUAACAAUGACUUCUAAUCUCUUUACUUUAAAAUCCGUUGAAAUUUUAGAAGGCCGCCACCCUGAAGAAAAAAACGGUGAUGAUAAUGAUGAUGCACAAAUACCUCAAUGCAGUCAAACGCCGGCUGAUCCAGAUUUCACUAUAACCGAUGACACUGAAUACGAUAUACCAGAGACAUCCAGUGACGUAGAUCUAGAAAAAAACCCGGAUGAGGUUUUCCGGCAGUGGAUAAGCCUCCAUCGAUUUUCAGCAGAGGGGAAAUCCUUGGAUGUCUUGCGUCUGAUCGAAAACGGGGCUGACCCAAUGAAGAAAAUAAAUAGUGCAUUUUUUUCAAAUCUUUGUUUGGAAUCUAAGCAAAUGCUUACUCCGAUGGAGGUAGCUUUCUAUUCGAAACAAAAGCAGACAUUAGGACUCCUUGUCAGGUACACAGCUGACGAAAUCGUAACAAAAUGUCUGUCGGAAUGUGUUGGUGAAUUCAAGGAAUCAAAGCCCUAUAUUGUUAAAGAGAUACUGAGAAAGAACUAUAAAGAUAAAUAUGUCGAUAUUGUUUUCGGGGAGUACCUACCCAAGAAGCAAAAAAUGUUCGUAAUUUACACAAACACAAUAUCACAUGGGAGUGAAACAAGCGAAGCUGGCUACUCAGUAUGCUUCCGUAAUCCCAGUGUUUCCAGUGACGAGAGUCGAAAAGUGUUGUAUCAUAGCCACAAGGAAGGUUACAUUCUGUCUGAUGAAGACCGGAAACUAGUAGGAAGAGCCAUCAAACAACACAGCGACAAACUGUGGAACCGCCACUCAAAUUUGAGAGGCAUUAUGUCUUCGCCUGUGAAAUAUAAAUCAGGAAGAUUCGAGAAGCAGACAUGUUUAGUCAUUCUUUGUCACUUUAAAGGUUUCGUGCCUGACAAUGAGCCGCUAUUUCCGACAGAGGUAGAAGUUGGUGAUGUUAAACUCCCUGUAGAUAUAAGGGAAGGAAAUGUUGUUUUACACCACGUGCAGUGUCCUGAUGCUUUACACAAACCUCUCAGCUUCGGCUGUAACAUUGGCGCUGCUGAUGACACCACAAUGAGGUUUGGUAGCGUUGGGCCUUUUGUACAACUGGAAAACGAUAAAGUCGGCUUUAUCACGUGUGCACACGUUGUCCAUGGCAACAGUCGAUACGUAGGGGACAGUGUACCGGAUAUAGAUGUUGUGCAACCAAGCAAUGGCGGCACUGAACAUCCGGAGGAUGACCGUAAGUGUGGUAAAGUGGUUUACUUCAAGUACAGCCUAGACGAGGAAACGUCUAUAGACGUGGCAGUGGUGGAGAUCACGGAACCACAGAGGGUACCGCCGUUGCCAGGGUUCUCUGCCUACAGCCAGGAACAAUUCACGGAACGAGGAUUUCCAGAACAUGGACCCGAUUUCAACCAUGGUGAAUUUGGUGAACCGACAGUGGGACACGAGAUAAUUAAGUUCGGGAGUGCUUCCGGUAUAACAUACGGGACGUAUAGAGGAAUCGAGAUGACCGAAUUCAGCUCAAAGAUUUAUGGUAAAGCUACCGAGACCGAGCGUUGGCGGGGCGUGUACUACAUAGAGAACCGGCAAUGUUCGGAACAAGACUGCCAACCACCGCCCUUCUCUACCCCGGGUGACUCAGGCGCUGGAGUGUUCCAAGUCAUAGUCAACGAAGAUAAUUCUCGAUCUCUGAUCUGUGUUGGUGUAUUAGUGGGAGCGGACACCGCCACUGGGUCCGGUAUUGUGAUCCCGAUCAAGCCAAUACUGGAAACGUUCGGACUGAGAUUAAAAGUAUUCCAACCUACAAUAUAGCUAAUUCAGAAUAACUAUCAAAUUACCACACGAUUAUUGGAAAUUUUGAACUGUUUUAAUGACCGCGAUGACUGGUGUGUUUGCCUGCAGAACUAUGGCUUUCAUACUGACCAUAACUGUCAUAAGUGUCUUUAUAUCAUACCUAUCUUGUUGUCUGAUGCCAAAUGAAAACAUAUACAUCAAGUAAAAUGAUUAUAGACGGUUUAAUCCGUUGCGAAUUCUAUGUCAAGAAUACUGACGUCAUAGCGGUCACGGUAUUUGAUUGGUCACACUUGAACUCGUCACCCUUUCUUGUCAAAUGUUAAAUGACAUUAUAUUUAUGGUAAACUGUUACUUACUUAUAUAUAUAUAUAUAACAAAUAGGUUUGUAGUAAUGUUUGUAUACAGGGACAUUUGUUGAAUGAUACAGACGUGUUUGCAAUGUGGUAGAGAUUAGAACACGUGGUCGUAUCCUAAUUGUACUGAAUAUAUUGUACAUAUUGUCGUAUGGUAAGAGUACACAAUACACUGUAUAGUUUGUGUUAUCGACUGAUUCUGUAUCUCGUUGUUGAAAUGUCACUGUGAAUAGAUGCAAAGAAAAAUAGUAAAAAAAAAUAAUCCCACGAUAAACUCGAGAAAUCUUGAACCAAUUAUUUUUUUUCAGUAAGCAAUAUAAUUCUAUUCAUCAUUUGAAGAGAAUAUACAUUGUAGUUAUGUUUAUUUUGUUAUACGCCAAUAUCAAUUUUUCACAUGAUUUAUUUUUAUCCGAUUGAUAUAAACAUAUUUGUAUUUUU